AUGUGUUAUGUUAAUGGGUGUAUUGGCGGUGUAAGGUGGUGCUUCAUUUUUCCUUUUUUGUUAUGGAAUAUUUGGCUUGCAAGAAACAGGUUUGUUUUUGAAAGAAAGGAAUUCCAUGCUUACAGAACUCUAGCUAGAGAAUACUACUUUGGUUUGCAGGAUGACAAGAAGGCUAGUAAAGUCUAUCAAGAGAGACAGGUACCUUGGAGUUUUCUCAGUACAGGUUACUGCAAACUUAACACUGAUGGGGCUUCGGCUGGUGGUGUUUCUACAGGUAUUGGGAAAGUUAUUGAUGAUGAGAAGUUUUUAACAUGCUUCAGCAAGUACAUCUACAUUAUUGGAAAUAAUAAAAUUGAGAUUUGGGUUGUUCGAGAUGGUCUCAAGGUUGUUGUGGACUUAAGAAUUCAGAAGUUGGAAGUCGAAAGUGACCCGACUUUCACGAUCCAGUUUUGUGGAGGUAACGUCAGACCCCCAUGGGGAAUGCCACUUCUUGUUGAAUAUAUUAUCAGUUUCAAGGACAAGUUUUCAGUCGUAGUGUUUAAGCACGAAUAUAAAGAAUCAAACGGCGCUACUGGCUGUCUCACUAAGUUGUCUAGUAAAAAAGAACUUGAAGGAUAA